AUGCAAUGCAUCACCACCUGCUUGCAUUUUGGUUCAGAGAUCUAUCGACUACGCACGAACACCCACAACACCCCAGUCGAUCAUCCGCAAUCGCAUAUGCAUCACUGCUGAUCAGUAGCCCACAAUGGCGCUGCAGCAAUGUUCAGCAACGCUCGACACGUGCCUUCGAAGGCUGCCCUGAAGGUCCUUUACCAACUCGCCUACAUUUCUUCUGGAACCGCAGUGGGCGUCGCAACGCUAUGCGCCGAGGAGCGCAGACGGCGCACGCUGGUCGUGCAGAAGAUAGCGGAUAACGCGAAGAGAAUCAGGCAGAGUCCUCAGCAUGUUCGGAAUCGGCGACGACGAUCCGCGGACGAGAGUCGCGAGAAACAUGCCAUCUUAGCAGGAGAGGGCGAUGUUGGCAGUGGAAUCGAGCUUGAUGAACGUGCAGUGCGAGCGGCGGAACUGCCAUCGGCCGUGGAGGAUGGAUAUGCGCAAGUAGCGCAACAAUCUGGCCGGACACGAAGACGAUUGCGAGCAUCGUCUAAGCGACAACCUCGUGAGAACGUCGAGGACAGGAACACUUCAGUCGCUUCCCGCACGAGUGAAGAUGCACCAAACGAGCAGUCUAUGGGUUCAGCGACGCAGGCUAGCAUUGUCCGCUCUGUACAUGUACCGUCUCAAGCACGUUCCAUGGAUCCGGCUUCGGCACCACAAGGCAUCGUUCGCAAAGUACAGCUUGGCCUUGACCAUAUUACAACUCGCAGCGAUGGUCGAGAACAUCGCCAAUGGCCAAUUCGACCCCCGAGGCUGCGCACCUUAGAGGCUUUUCAGCGGUCAUCGCGAGUCAGUCCACCCAGCAUUGAUCAUACUUAUGAAGCUGCCAAAGAUGUUAUGUGGGAAGUGGAGAAGUUCCUCGUCUCUGCAGCACGAGUUGGCGUAGCAGGUGUGGAUCAGCGUUGGAAACACAUGGCCUCGUCUCUCCUGCAUCUCUCUGCAACGUGUGGGAUGAGGUUAGAAGUGAACCGACUGAUGCAAUGGCUGGCCAAAUUCGAUGCUUUGUCGCCAGAGCUGAUUCUCAUGAUUUGUGAAUCAUGUCGCCGAUUCUUACGAAGACCUAGAACGCCCAUGCAUAGCGUUCUCCUGCUCUACCGGGAUUUGUUCAAGAUGCCCAUAUUUACCCAGCAAGAAGAUGCUCUCCGUGUACGAUCACAGCUUGCAGUAGUAGAGGGCAUUGCUAGCUUCUCUGGCGGAAUCGUGGACAAGGAACAGAUCUCCACAGCCUACAUCGAGCUUUUCGACAGUGAGCUCUUAGUGCAAGAGCUCGCUGCACGGCACGAAACGCUCUGUGCCCAUAACGAUCAUCAAUUGGCGCACACCCUGGUCUUUUCUGUCCUCGAGAGUACGACCGUGAGCAACGAGUCGAAGACCCGGUAUGAGAAACUUGUCGAUCAGUGCAUCAAGUCCUCUCUCAACGGUGGGAAGCUUGCCUGUUCUGUGCAACUAUGGUUGAAGGGAUAUGCCUUCUUUCAAAAUACGGAAUACGGGCUCUCACAAUUUGGCCGCCGUCUGACUCAUAUAGCAACGCUUGCCAGAAGAACAAGGUCAAUCAAUCUGCUAGAACCAAUCUGCAGGCGGCUAGCAGAGGCCGAAAACGGGCAUUACGCCGUGCUUGAUUUCAUCAAUGAAAACUGCAAAAUUUCGCUGGCUAUGGCAUGCAUCGCGAUGGCGGAACCACCAAUGGCGCUGCUCGAAAAGCUCCACAGCGAGCUGGCCCAGCCGCGAAAGGACGAGAUCCUCUUUGCCCAAGCGGAUGCGCAAUUGAAAGAGAUGUGGCAGAGUACCCGCAGCCUUCCGGCCGUAUUUGCAGCCUACGAGAAUUUCCGAAAAGCCCGAGCUCAUCUUAUCGAUGAACAGGUCUGGGCUGGCUCAGUCGGUCCCCCUGAGAUGGCAUUAAUUGAGAUCUGUAAUUUGGCUGGUCAACCAGAUCGCGGGCUUCAGAUUCUGUCAUCCGCACAGAUUACCCGCCUUGAAUCAGUUGAUUCAUUCUCGUUGGCGGCUUUGACAUUGGCCACUAAGAAUUCUUGGGAGACGUUUGCAACGUUGAUAUCGUCGGCUGCAGACUCGCAGCUCUCGAUCGCCGACGACAGAGUCGCAACGAACCGAUUGGAUUAUGCUGUGAUGAAAUAUGGACAGCGACACAGCGCAGCUGAGACCUGGGAGUUCAUAUCUGGCUUGGUGGCACGUGUCAAGUUUGUUCCCACUGCGGCGACCGCGAAGACCAUGCUUCGAAAGUUAGCAUCUGAAAUGACACCAGAUGAGCCCAGCCCGAUUCUGGAUUGGCUACAUUACAUGCAAUCUUUUGGUGUCGAGUCCAUUCUGGAUGCAGAUACGGUAACGACAAUGUUUCGCCAUCAUUAUCGUGAGGUCCGCACACCGCACACGUUGCUCAUGCACUUUUCCCGACGGUUAUACAGGGCUGUGCCUUACUUGAAAGCAGGCAGUUUGAGGGGCAUCGUCAAAGAGGCCAUUGCUUACGAUAUGAGAGAGUUGGACACCAAAUAUCAACAGGCAGUACAGCUCGCAGCAGAGAUCAAUUUGCAGCGCGUAACAGAAAACAGCGCGAUCAUACCUUUGCCCAUUGGAAGGACACAGCUGCAGACACGAGCAGGUAUUCAAAAGUAUCGGUCUUCGCAGACAGAGCAGACGUCGGGCGUUCGUGAGAAUCCGCUGCCAAGCGCGGAUGCGAAGCACGAUUUGCACGAUGUGCAUCCCUCCUCUGAAGGAGAUGUACGCUGGGAGCCCAACGACAUACCACUAGGGAGCCGACAAGGCGCUCUUGUGGAAGCAGAGAGCCCUGAUCUUAUGGCCGAAGUCAGUGACGACGCUACCAUCGAGCCUUUCGAAAGGGUUAUCCAAGACUACUAUGCUGCGGAAGACGACGCGGCAAUGGAGCUCAGCCCGCGACGUAAAGAGACAGCUCGGACUACAAGAGACGCGCUUUCAGCCGAUCGCGAAACGGUCGCAGCAGCCACCGCUGAUUCCACGCAAUCGACCCCAGGACAACCCCAAGUACACAGGCGCGAGAGGGAGAACAGCAAGCAAGAUAUCAGUGGCCUUCCAACACGCAUUGGCGCGCUCUCUGGAAAGCAGGAGAUCGGAUACUCUGGUCAUGGCAGCUCAGUGUUUGCACGUAAGCAGGUAUCGAACAUGGUUCUGGAGUAUUCCGCGAAAAGGUUCGUGGAAGUCCUUGACCUGUACGAGAAAUCUCUUGGGCCAACUGGACGUCCCUCGUCACCUUUGGCGCUGUCUGUAGCUGUGCAGGCACGCAUCCGUCUGGACAACGGUGCGAUCGAUGGAGCCAAGCAAAUCAUGCUGGCAGCGCAAGACGCCGGUUUCAAUGCAAGCUGCGCCUCAGCGCCGAUUCUCAUCAGAGAAAUGCGGAUGAUGCGUCGCGAGGACAAGCGAGAUCUUGCAAAGUUACGAGAUAAAGUGAUGGAGUACUAUGUUGCGAAUGCCCGGAACGGCUGGCCAGUAUCGCACUACGUGGGCGUGUCAGCUGCAAACCUUUUGAUUGACAAUCAUGAGCCUGCUCUCGGCAUCGACUUACUUAACUUCGUUUGUAGGGACAGAUGGGGCAGCCACGAUCCACCUGACAUUGUCACGAUGACCGUCUUCUUGAAGGGCUUCAUGGCACUCAAGCACCUCAAGGGCAUUAUAUGGGUCGUGCGCAAGGUUCUAGGUGAGAAGAUGCGGAUCACUCGCAAGUUCUUGCAUCGUUUGCGGACCAGUCCAAAGUCAUUCGAAAGGUUUCCACAUCUACCUCGAAGUCAACGAAAAUCAGUAGACCCGAUGACUCUUCGUCGAUUGAAAACAGUGCGAGUGCUUUGUAUACAUCAGCGCAUGGCUCAGCGGAACAAUGCCAGACGCCUUGGAUUCAAGUUUGUCGCUGUUUUACGUCUUGCGGCACGCUACCAGCAAGCAUCGAGUGAAGAGGAACGACAGUACCUUGUGCAGCUUGAGCAUGAAUACUACAAGAGGAGAUCGGGCGAGGGUUCCACGAUCUUGAACAAGCAAGUCACUCAGAUGUACACGGCCCGUCGAGCCUGGUCACGCUACAGGCGCAUCGCUCGAGCCUCGUUUCGUAAAGAAUGGGUACGCACGAGGUUCGGUGAGAGGCAGAAGACCACUGCAGUGUUUCAAAGCUUGCGGACAAGGCAGUACCGGCAGUUCAAAAAAAUGAACCCUGCAAUUCCCGGCGGCCGACCUGCAUCCCUCAAACAGUAUCUCGCACUACUGAGGAGCAAUCACGGCAAGCUCCCGAAAGAUCUAUCAGGCAACCCUUCAUCGAAGGCAGCAUAUACACCACUGCUUCACGACGACACGACUGAUGGGCUCCAGCAGCAGCAGCGGCCGCACGUUGAGCCCUUUGCGCUUCCGGAAACGAGAGAAGAGUCAAAGGCAUCGUUCACACCACCGCUGCGUGAACACCCGGGAGAUAUGCUCGAGGAGCAGCAUGACUCUGGGCUCACGAAAACAAGAGAGAAUUCGCAGCUAGCGUACACGCCAGUACUGCAUGAAGGCGCGGCAAUUGGACUCCAGGAGCAGCGUGACGACUUUGCAGAGUCGAUGAGAACGAAAGCCGAGUCGAAGGCAGCAUAUUCUCCACUGCUGCACGACGACACCCAAGAUAAGGCCCCAGAGCAGCAUGUCAAGUUCACAGAGCCCGUGAGCACGAGAGAAGAGUCUCAGCGUGGGCAUGUUGAGCAUUUGCGGAAAAUCAUCUCGAGGCACAUUCCUGCACAGGCCGAUUCAUCGUCAAAAGCACCGUACGCAACCUCGAUGCACUACGACGUUGGACAAAAGCCACCGGAGCAACACUCCAAGUUCACGAAACCCAGGGCCACGAGAGAAGAGUCCCAGCAUGGGAAGAUAGAGCAUUCGCAACAGAGCACUUUGAGAGAGAAACCUGUACUGACCUACGUACCGUUUAAUUGAAAUUCAGCCGAAAGCCGGCACAGAUACCCUUUGGUGAAUGACGCUGUAGAUGAUAGAGAGCGACGGAAUGUAUUCACUGGGCGUUGAAACGGAUGGGAGGGCAUUGUUUAAGCAUAGCGAUGGUGUUAUCGUCGCAAUUUUCAAUGUAAGAAGGAGUCCAGAUCCCGACAUAGGUACAUGGAGCUAUCUGGCAAUGUAAAAUUGCGGCCGCGAGAAGGAGAAA